AUGCUGAAGCCACUGCUGCGCCCAAGUGCUUCGGCGAUGCAGCCUCAGCUGGCAGGACCAUGGAUGAAGUCCCCUUCCGGCAGGUUCGGCAUGGCCAACCCUCGCAAGGGUUUGGGCCGCGUGCUCGACCGCCUUUCGGCGGCAAGAAAGGACAAGAAUGCGCAGGCCGAAGCCAAAGUUGCCGAGGCUGCAGAGGUUAUGCAGCGAUUCUGUGCCAGCUUGCUGCCUCUGCUCAACGCAUCCGAAGAAGUAGCCCGAUGCCGCCGGCGAGGCCGGCUGGCAGCACUGGUGGCAACCGUUUGCCAGCAGAACGGGCUCGAAAUCAGCCCUGCGCUGGCACAGGCAGUUCUUCAACACUUUGAGGGUGCAGGUCUGCUGCACUCGAAAGGACGUGACAUCAGCUUGCAGACCGUUGAUGGCGAGGGCGCCGUAGCUUUGCGGAGCCUCUACACGGAUGUUCCACUUCUGGAGGCCAUGGCGAAGAAGCGGAUGGACCGACGGAGGCAGCGGCAGCAGGCAGCAUUGCGGUACACCUGCAAGAGAGGCAGCGAAACGCCGCAAGAAGCAACGGACAGAGUGAAGCCCCUGCGCGCGAGUUGUCAGAUUGUCUGCGCCGAUGAGAACCUGGGCACCGCGCAGGGACCUGUGCUGCGUGUGUCACUGGCCACUCCCCUCACUCAUGGUCUGUUAAUGCUGGCGGCAUGUGUACUUCCCGAGGCUUUCAGCACACCUGGGCCACAACGGUCCAGUGGCAUCCCAGCAAGGAGGGCUUCUCUCAAACCCACAAGCAGGCUCCCGGAUAGCUCAGACAGCUCUGGCUUCUACGGCUCCUUCUCGGCGGGCGCUGUGGCCUGCUUGUUGCUGAUGGCAUCCGCUCUCCCCAACGCUGCCGUAGCGCAAGACUUCUUCGGGGGCGGAGCUGACGACGGCCUGGAUCGACGGCCGUUGAUCGAGAGGAGCCCACCGGUGCCCCCACCCGAUGAUGACAAGGCGCCGGACAUCGCCCCGGAGGAGCGCCAGCGAAGAAGAACGACUCCGUCCACGGAGGUUUCGAAAGAGGAGUGGUACACAUAUGGCAAGGAGGUCUUUGUGGCGAAAUGUGCUGGGUGCCAUCCUGGGGGGAUGAACACAAUCCGCAUUUCAAGGGGUUUGAAUGUGGAAGACUUAGAGCGGUGGGGGCUCCUGCAGGAGCCGCAGAAAAUCACAGAGAUCAUCCGCUACGGAAAGGGCACCAUGCCAGGCUUCGCAAAGGACUGCCCCGAGAAGAGUGGCGUGGAGCAAUGCGGCGUCGUUGUCCCGCUCGAUGAGGCCACGCUCAUUGAUGUGGAGGACUUCAUGAUGAACCGCGCGAACUCGGGUUGGAGGGGACGUGGCUGA